UCCCUGCCGCGGUCCCUCGGUUCCCUCCUCACCCGGAGGUUGUCGCCCCGCGCGCAGGCGCAGGCGGGGUCCUCGGCCUCGCCGGGGACCGUCACCCAAGGUGGGCCCAUCGUCGGCGGCGGGGAGGCCAGCGCGCUCACUCCGCACCCUCGCUCGGUCCGUUGGUGCCGCGGGUGCGUUGGCUCGAUUGGUUGGAGUUCUGUACUUCAGGAAAGAUGCAGAUGAGUCGGGGUACAUACAUACAUUUGAGCAGAAACCGAUCGCUCCCUUCAGAUUUCCUCAUCCUCAGCUCUGUUUCAUGUGAUCCACCACUAGCCAUGAACCAAAUUGGCCGGUGGACACCGUUAGAAGAACAUGGAAAGCAGCAAACUUGUGCGAAGGAACUGAAAACGGCACAGGACGUUUGCAACACAGCUCAUGUAAAGGAAAUUUUUGUUUGAUCUGUGCAUUAUCCAGUUAGCUACCCAUCGCCUUCAUUACCAAAGCAGCAUAGGAAUUAAGCUAGCUUUUGCAGCCAUUAUCCAAGGAACAUUGGAAAUCUAGCCAGCCAUUGUGUCCAUUAUCCAAGCAGCAUUGGAGUUACAGGUAGACAUCACCUCUUGAAUCAUAUGGAUCUUUGUGUGCUGUGUGCAGAAGCUAGCUUUUGCAGCCAUUAUCAAAGGAACAUUGGAAAUCUAGCCAGCCAUUGUCUCCAUUAUCCAAGCAGCAUUGGAAUUACAGUUAGACAUCACCUCUUGAAUCAUAUGGCACCUGCAUACACAUUUUUUUAGUAGGCACUUGCAUACACCUUAACAAAGUCUGCUCUCUUUAUUGAUACAUCAACCAAAAGCUAUGGCAUCACACCACUACCAUUGAUCAAAACGGCUAUCACCACAGAGAAAUUCUUUGAGAAGGGUGUCAUGGAGCAGUCAGCACAGACAUUAUCUGUCUUCCUUAAUAGUUUUUCUUCAAAGCCCGAUGGUAGAAUUGAGGGCAAUCACUAUGUCCCUAGUGACAUGAUCCUCCCUUACAUCUCACAAUUGCUCAUGGAGGAUGACAUUGACGAUACACUCUCUGAUCACCCUGCGCUACUCCAUGUGCAGCAGCCCUUUGCUCAAAUCCUCUCCUCAUGCUUUGGCUCCGAUAAUGGUGACACAGGGGAGGCCAGUAAGGAUUUGUUGCAAGAUGGUGGUGGUGAUGAAAGGACACUCAACCUGGCCUUAUCGAAGGGUACACAUGCAGUGUGGGCGUUCUUGGAGGGCAUGAAAGAGGCCCAUAUGUUCUUGCCCAGAGCAAAUGGUUUUGGAAGGGGUGAACUGGUGAAUCAAAUGGUCGGGGAAAGCAGCAACCAUAAUAGGGCCAAGAAGAGGUAUGCUAGCGAUGACCAUCUAGAGGAGGUAAGAAGGACCAGCAAAUCUAUGAUGAUGAUCAAGGAGCCUAAGGAUAUUUGUGCUCAUGAGAUGUGGGAUGAUAUUAUGUCACAUGGCUAUGAUACAUACAUCAUCAGAGGCAUGGAGCAGUUGCGCAUUGCCAUGGCCAAUGAGGCGGAGAAGAACAGCAGGAAGGAUAGUAGAAAGACGGUGGUGAAUGUGGUGGACAUACGCACAAUCUUGAUCCAUUGUGCGCAGGCGGUGGCAGCAAACGAUCACAAGAGAGCAGGUGAGCUACUGAAGCAGAUCAAGCAACAUGCAUCAGAAACAGGGGAUGUCACACAGCGACUAGCUCAAUGUUUUGCCAGGGGGCUAGAGGCACGGCUAGUAGGCAUGGGGAGCCAAGUUUGGCAGCUGCUCAGGGCAGAGCACAUCUCAAUUGUAGAGUUCCUCAAGGCACACAACCUCUGCAUGACAGCCUGCAGCUUCAACAGGGUGAUGCUUCUUUUUUCCACAAUGACCAUCUUGCAGGCCAUGGUGGGUAAGAGAAGACUACAUAUUGUUGACUAUGGUAUGCAUUACGGGUUCCAUUGGGCAGAGUUGCUCCGCUUGCUGGCAAGAAGGGAAGGUGGACCACCAAAGGUGAAGAUCACCGCCAUAGGCUACUCGCGCAAAGGUGGACCAGAGAAGAUUGAGGAGACCGGGCGCCGUCUCAGCAAGUGUGCCCAUGAGUUGGGUGUGCCAUUCCAUUUCCAUGCCAUUAGGAAGGAGUGGGAGGAAGUUUGCAUUGAGGACUUGGACAAAGAUGCGGAAGAUGUGCUCAUCGUGAAUGACCGCUUCAGUUUCAACACCUUGAUGGACGAGAGCAUAUUCUUUGAUGACCCAAGCCCCAAGGAUACCGUCCUGCAGAACAUCAGGAAUAUGAGGCCAGAUGUUUUCAUCCAGAGCAUUUUGAAUACCUCAUAUGGUUCCUCCUACUUGUCGCGAUUUCGGGAGGCGUUGUCCUAUUACACGGCAAUGUUUGACAUAUUUGAUGCAAUCAUCCCACGGGAGAGUAAAACGCGAGUGGUGCUGGAGCAGGAUGUUUUUGGACGUUUUGCACUGAAUAUUAUCGCCUGUGAGGGCGCAGACCUGAUGGAGCGUCCUGAGAAGUAUAAACAGUGGCAGGCGAGAAACCAGAGGGCGGGCCUGAGGCAGCUGCCGCUGGAACCAGCCAUUGUUGACGUACUGAAGGACAAGGCGACGAGGUGCCACCACAAGGACUUUUUGAUUUGUGAAGAUGGCCAAUGGCUGCUGCAUGGGUGGAUGGGACGCAUCCUCUGUGCCCAGUCGGCAUGGGUAGCUGAAGACACCUCUUAGAAAUUAAGCUUUUGCUGAAUCAUACCAUGGCCGUGAUUCUUAGCUCCCUCAGAAGUACUCAGGGCUGGAGAUACGGUCCCGAUGAAAAAGACUUAUGUGUUAUUAUAUCAGUCGCUUAUUGGUCGUGAUUUUGAUGAGUUCACACGAUGUGUACCUCAGAAGGAAGAUGAGUUGUUUAGUGAUGUAGUAUCUCUCAUCCUGUGGACUAUAACAUAUGUUUUAGCUGCCAAUUGCUCGUGUACAUUUUACUAUUUUAGGAGGUUCAGUUCUGGUCGUGAACUCUGAAAAAGAAAGAAAAUAAUCAUGACUAACUAGGCUCUUCCUAUCA